AUGCCGCCAUUCCUGGAGCAGGGCGGCUUUGAGAGACCUCUGAAGCAUCUGGACGUGCCUGAGACGCCAUCCACAGCGGUACCUUCGGUCACACCAAGUCCGCUGGGCAGCCCUGUGGUUGGAGAGAGCCUGAAGCUUUGCGGAGGUGAGAAGGCUCUGGACGUGCAUCGCCCGGAGAUUUCAACCUGUCCCGGCCGAGAGCAGCCGACCGGCGAUGCUUGGUUGCUCGGCAAGCUGCACAAGCUGUGGAAGAAGCCUGCAUGGCUUGUGCAGCAUCGAAGUCAGUUUGUGUGCCUGGUCGCCCGCCUUGUAUGGUUCUCACUGCUAUUCAAAGGUUGGAAGGCAACGGUGUGGCCACCUUGGACCUUGGAGGUGAUGUGGGAGCACCUGCUGGGCUUGCGAUACCCGGUCAUCCUGAAACAUAGUGGGAACUCUUGUCAGAUGAAGCAAACGCUGCGCUGCUGCGCUUCUGCAUUGCCUCAGUCUGCAGAGAUUCCAGAACCAGAACCAUGCUGA